CUUUGGAGAAUUAUAUACUUCUCCAUUCAACAAUUCCUAAAGAAACGUUUCUGUUAAUUCCAGACACACGAGCAACAAAAGCCGCAACAUAGAUUUUGAAGGGAAUCAAAGAAGCGGCGGUACCUGAAACCCUACAAUGGACACCACCGAAUCACCGAACCCAAACAGAGCAUUAACGAACACCCGCUUCUCCGAUUUAAAGCCUUCAAUAUCCGAGCCCGUUCUCGAAGCCUUAACCAAUUCCGGGUUCGACUACUGCACACCGGUUCAAGCCGCUACUAUCCCUUUACUAUGCAGCUACAAAGACGUAGCAGUCGACGCCGCCACUGGAUCCGGAAAAACUCUAGCUUUUGUUGUACCUCUCGUCGAAAUUCUUCGCCGAUCCUCUUCUCCCAAACCUCACCAGGUGAUGGGAAUAAUUAUUUCUCCUACAAGGGAGUUAUCGUCGCAAAUAUAUAAUGUUGCACAACCUUUUAUUGCAACCUUAUCAAAUUUUAAGUCCAUGCUACUUGUUGGAGGCAUGGAUGUAAAAGCUGAUGUGAAGAUGAUAGAGGAGGAAGGGGCUAAUUUGUUGAUAGGAACACCUGGGAGGCUGUUUGAUAUAAUGGAUCGUGUGGAUGUCUUGGACUUUAGAAACCUCGAGGUUUUGAUUUUAGAUGAGGCUGAUAGGCUAUUGGAUAUGGGAUUCCAGAAGCAGCUAAACUCCAUUAUAUCUCGCUUACCCAAGCUUCGUAGAACUGGCCUUUUCUCAGCUACUCAAACCGAGGCUGUUGAAGAGCUAUCCAAAGCUGGACUGAGGAAUCCUGUGAAAGUUGAAGUUCGAGCUGAAACAAAAUCAUUAAAUAACUCAGUGUCUGGUCAACAAUUAGCACCUUCCAAAACACCAUCAGGCCUUCUACUUGAGUAUCUGGAAUGUGAAGCAGAUAAGAAACCGUCUCAGCUUGUUGAUCUCCUUGUUAAGAACAAAUCUAAAAAAAUUAUCAUAUACUUCAUGACAUGUGCUUGUGUCGAUUACUGGGGGGUUGUUCUUCCACGUCUCACUGUAUUGAAUGGCUUCUCUCUGAUAUCUCUUCAUGGGAAGAUGAAGCAGACAGCAAGAGAGAAAGCAUUGACUUCAUUUACAUCUCUCACAAGUGGCAUUCUUCUGUGCACUGAUGUUGCUGCACGUGGACUUGACAUUCCCGGUGUGGACUGUAUAGUGCAGUACGAUCCCCCUCAAGACCCAAAUGUCUUUGUUCAUAGAGUUGGUCGAACUGCUCGGUUGGGUAGGCAAGGAAGUUCCAUUGUUUUUCUGUUGCCAAAGGAGGAAGCUUAUGUGGAAUUCCUGCGCAUAAGAAGGGUUCCUCUUCUGGAAAGGAAAUGUGCAGAUGAUGCACCAGAUGUUGUUCCGCAGAUACGAUCUGCUGCUAAAAAGGACCGUGAUGUCAUGGAGAAAGGACUGAGAGCAUUUGUUUCGUACAUUCGUGCAUAUAAAGAACACCACUGCUCUUACAUUUUCAGGUGGAAAGAACUUGAAGUUGGGAAGUUGGGCAUGGGAUAUGGCUUAUUACAGCUCCCAUCAAUGCCAGAGGUAAAGCACCACUCACUUUCAACCAAGGAUUUCACUCCAGUUGACGACCUCAAUUUAGAGGAGAUCAAGUACAAGGAUAAAUCUCGUCAGAAACAAAGACGGAAAAAUUUGCAAGCCAAGAAAGAAGCACGGCAGCAAGAAUCAAAACCCCAAAAGGUAAGCAAGACCCCCAGUGCUGCAGCUACUGCCAUGAGAAAGAAAACUGCUAAACAGAGACGAGCUGCCCAGACAGUUGAGGAUGAAGAAGAGUUGGCUCGGGAAUAUCGUUUAUUGAAAAAACUGAAGAAGGGGACAAUUGAUGAAAGCGAAUUUGAAAAGUUGACAGGAACCGAUGAACUACUUUGAAGUGCAUGAUUUGCAGAUAGCUAUCCUGUGAAUUUACAUGAAUGGAUUAUCACCUGCGACCUGAAUAUGGGCUUUAAAGUUGAGGAACCAACUUAAAACUCUUCUUACCCACUGGCAAAGACAUCUGAAGCUUGCCCCGAAGACUAAAAUUCAGCAAAUGUUGCAAAGUUUUGAUGCAGAGAAACUUCACAUCCGAUAGAGAGACCUCCGAUUCCCUCCUAGUUUUUGGGUUUGCAUGAGUGAUUCAAGUGGUUGCUUCUGUUGCCAUUUUUUUUGUUCUCUCCUUACCUGUAUGUUGGUGUUAGUGGUUGUCAGUGUACGCUUUUGAUGUUGAUAUUAGUACGAAUUCAAAUUGGAAAUACAUCAGUGGUAAAAGGCUUUGAUACGAGA